AUUCACACUCAGAGAAUUGGUGCAAUAGAAUUUUUGUUCUUAUCUGUGCGUGUCAAGGAGGUCUUAAUAAAUGUCGAUUACCAAAAACUCGGACGUACCGUGAAAAUGAGUGCUCUCUGGUUUUGCGGUUUGGCUCUAUGGGUUUCCAUUGCUUCAGUAAACGCCGUCGGAUGUCCGAAUGGGUUUCUUCAGCACGAUGACUCCUGUUACAAGUUCUUUCACUCAACAAGAGCAACGUGGGCGGAGGCCAUGCUCUACUGUCAGUUAUUCAAGUCACACCUUGCCAUUAUUGAGACCCAAAGAGAACAGAACUUUGUUGAAGGACUGCUACGUCGAGAAUAUCACGCAGGUUUGCCAGAUGGCUGUUGGAUCGACGGGACAGACGCCCUUGUAGAGGGCGAGUGGAUCUGGACAACCACGGGUAAGGCCAUCGCCACUGAUGACUACCAGAAGUGGUUCCCCGGGGAGCCCAACUCUAAAGGAAGGGGUGAGGACUGCAUGGACCUCCUCCAUCACGAGAACUACAACUGGAACGACGAGAGCUGUGAGGUCAUGAAUAACUUCCUCUGUGAGGCCGGCUUAGUUGAGACGGAUACAGUCAUAGGAUAGACCUAUCAAAGUGACACUGAAGGAAAUUCAAUUUUAUAAAAACUUUUUCGAAAUAAAAGAUUUUGCUGUG